UGUCCUGUCCUUCGCCACAUUUCCUUAUCGCAUCGCCUUGCUCCUCCAUUACCGCUGGCUUCUCAACCUCCUCAGCCUUCUCGCCGCUCCCUGCCUUGCUUCUGCUGGGGUGGGUGAAGGAGGCGCCACCACCAGCACCAGCAUCACCACCACUCGAGCUAUCACAAGGACUGUUACCUGCGUCUGCUUCCGCAUUGUCUCUCUCCAUGUUGUCUAUUCUGCUUUCGUCUUGUGGAGUUUAAACUGUAUCCUAAAAUUCCUCUGCGCAACACCGCCACUGCUUUCCAAAGGCUCUAUAUAGAAGUGACACGGGUUUUUAAAGGUGUUUUUACAGUCGUAAUGACAGAUUAACUAGAUUUUACAAUGUUAACAGGAGAAGCAGUCUUGGGAACCUGGUUAAUCACAUCUGUAGCUUUUCAAAAUGGUAGUGGUGCGAGAACGAAGAGUUUCGGAAUCCAGGCCUUCUGCGCAGUGUGUUGCGAGUUUGUGAUGCGCAGCCGUCAUUCCCGUUGUUUGUUUUCUGUUUGUUGUGUGGUUUGCUUGGGAGUUUACAAGAGUGGUGUGGCUGUGUCUGUGGCUUACAUUAUCCCUCCUCUACGAUCAGAUAUCAACUGCUCAGUGACUUACUAUUUCGUGUCCAACUGUUCUUUAUCUCUGCGGGGAAGAUAACAGAACACUUUAUUUUUCUUUUUCUCUUCUUGUUCUCUCGAUGAACAACUUAUAGCACACUUCGUCAGCUGUUUGCUUGUAUACACGUUAUCUACAUCUCGUUAUCUAUCUCGUUAUCUACAGUGACCUUCAGACUGCAAAUGAAAUACAGUGUAUCUCAGUAUUACAUUCACACUGAACAAGAGGAACGGCCGCUGCUGUGGUGGGUGAUGCGAUGAAUACUAAACACUCGUAAUAUGUGAACACUUAAUGACUGGAUUCUGAAUAAUGCUGGUCAAUUUGAGCACAACACACACACACACACACACACACACACACACACACACACACACACACUCUCUCUCUCUCUCUCUCUCUCUCUCUCUCUCUCUCUUUCUUGUUAGUUACCAUGCAACACAUCACUACCAAAACACGGUAAACGCCACACACCACCACCACCACCACCACCACCACUGGUAGCAUCACACAGCACGGUAAACACCACCACCACCACCAGGAGCAUCACGCAGCACGAUAGCCACCACAGUACACCACCACCACCACCACCACCACAGCUACACUGCAUCACCACCGCAGUACUGCAGAGGGCAUUGUAUCACGCACGCACGCACGCACACACCAUUUCAUCAACGUUGGUCCACUCGGUGCCUUACUGCUUCGGAAUUCUCUUCUCCGGCUUCCUGCUUGAGAAUGGCGCCUCCUCCACCACCACUGCCUGGAUCUACAACCUGUUUCUGGUGCUGUGGCAUUUCUCCCUGCUCCUCGCCAACCCGCUGUGCCAGGAGUUCGGGAUGCGCACUGUGGGCUUCACCUGUGUUUCGGUGUCAUCUCUCAGCAUCAUCUUGUCUGGCUUUGCACCCUCGGUUUAUUUCCUGUACUUCUCCUUCUCCUUGCUAGGAGGGUUGACUGUUGGCAUGUCUGUGAGCAUCGCAUUCUCUGUCCUGCCGCCUUACUUCGACAAGAACACUGGUAAGGCCAACACCUUGCUGGUGGCCGGCGGCCCAAUGGCACAGGUAAUAUUUGCGCCCCUCCUUCGCUACCUGCUUGACCUUUAUGGUCUUCAGGGCGCGGCACUGAUCCACGGUGCCAUCAUACUCAACGGACUGGUGGCUGUGUCCCUUUUCCACCCCGUCAGAUGGCACCUCAAGCCCUGGUCACACGAGGCGCCGCAGACACAGCACGGCACACUGCAGACUCUCAUGCCUCGCGAUAAAGCUUCCUCGCCGGCGCCCAGCGUGACGCCUCGCAGCACCCAGGCGUCUGGUGCCUCCCAGCCGGCGCCGAGGAACCGCUCCGUGCAGAGGCUGAGAGGAUCCCUCUCCGGGAGCCUCUCGUCCAUGGCGUCAGGCGGGUCAGAGGUCUCCGCCGGACUGGCUUUCUUGGCAGACGAGGGAGAGGAGUCGACGCCAGGUGACAAGGCCCGGGGCAAGAAUGUGCUGUGCAGGACGCUGCUGCGUGUCGGGGAAAGGAUCAGGACAGACGUGGGUGUGCUGCGCCAGUGCAGGUGUGUCAUCCUGGCUGUCACGAUCACGCUGACACAGACAACCUUCCUCAACUUCAUCAUGAUGCUUCCCUUCGUGGCCAAGGCCGCCCACCACAGCCUGGAGGACGCCGCCCGCUGCAUAGCGCUGCUGGGCGUCACCAACCUUGUCACUCGCCUGGUGGUGUCCCCGCUGUCAGACUGCAGCAUGUUCAGCAUCCGCCUCUCCGUCAUGCUGGGCUACCUGCUCAGGGCGUCAGGCAUCGCAGUGGCUGUGUUGUCCAGCGAGCUGUGGCAGCUGAUGGCGGCUGGCGUGGUGUUCGGCCUGGGUCUGGGCUUCUCGCUCAGCAUGUUCAACCUCGCCAUCGUGCACUACAUGGGCCUGGACAACCUCAGACCCACCAUUGGCAUUGUGGGUCUGGCGGGCGCUGUCGGCUUCCCCACCCUGGGGCCGCUCAUAGGGCUGAUCCGGGACCUGACGAGCAGCUACUCCGUGAGCCUGUGUGUGCUGGUGGCCCUGGACCUGCUGAGCGUGGCCCUGUGGUUCCUCAUGCCCGCGGCACAGGCCAGGGACGCCAGGAGGGCGCUGCACGUCAGGACGUCACGUGAGGCAACCUGCCUCUAGCACCACCAGUGGAAACCGACAGAAAAGUGCGGCGGACAGGAAGCCUCGGCACAAGAACAGCAAGGUUUCUUUAGGUUCACUGUUGGCUUGGAUACAGACACAAUUCCCGCGGCUGCAUCUUCUUCACGCAACAAAUAAUACAGCACGAGACAUUGAAAAUAUGUUAUGCCAUACUUGGAAAUGGUCACAUGAUUGAAAUGAACUUACAGCAAAUUAAAUAAACCACCAACUCUCUCUCUCUCUCUCUCUCUCUCUCUCUCUCUCUCUCUCUCUCUCUCUCUCUCUCUCUCUCUCUCUCUCUCUCUCUCUCUCUCUCUCUCUAUAUAUAUAUAUAUAUAUAUAUAUAUAUAUAUAUAUAUAUAUAUAUAUAUAUAUAUAUAUAUAUAUAUAUAUAUAUAUGAAGAGAUGGUACGUACAUAAUAUUUUUAAUUCUCCUAGUGGUGAAACGUAAAGAUACUUAAUCCAAUAAACAAGUCAAACC